AAGGGGCGUCCUCCGCAUGGGUCAUCCACCCCCGGGGCGGGAAUGCCCGGAGGAAAGGGGGACGUGCAGGGGGCCCUCAUGGGAGAGAGACUGGGAGGAGCAAGGAACUUCCAGGGCAGAGGGAGGGAUUUGGCCACAGCGCUGACCUCCCUGUGCCAAGCGAGAGACUAGACCCUUGGGGAGACGGGCGCUGCGCCUGGGGUGGGCGCCCCACGGGAUGGGGGUCUCGUCUGCAUUGUAGGGGCGCAGGCCUAGCUGCAGGAAGGAUCGGGGUGUAGGUAGGGGUGGGAGGAAAGGAGGAGGGAGUGGGCAUUGGGGGUCGUGGCUGUUGGGAGCACCUGCUCUGUGCUCCCCGUACGCUGCGAGAGCCUUCAGAUCAGCCAGCGCAUCCUCAGGACCUGGUGCCGUGCCCAGCUUGGGCAGUGAGCUGCACAGGCCUGGGUCUGAAUCCAGAUCUUCUGCAGACUAGCUGAGUUGCGCUGGACGAGACACGGGGCUCCUCUGAGCCUCAGGGCUGGACCCAGUGAUCCCACAGAGCCCUUAGGAGAACACCGCCUGCAAACGCCCCCAGCAAAUAGAAGAUUCCUGUGUCUGUUGGCUGGCCUGCCCUGGUUUAGAGUGAAAGCACCAUCAAGAUCUUCAAGGUUCCAGGUGGGCUGCUGAAGAGUGCUUAGGUAAUGACCUUGGUGGAACUUUGAUUGGAUUUCUCCUGUGGGACCACAGCAACUGACGCCCCUCACUUGGCACCCUCACUGGCUGUGGCACAAUGGACAACGGAAACGCCCAGAUGCACACGGAGGGAAGGAUCAAGGCUCCAGGAGCCCAGCCAAGUCCUGGCAUGAGCACCACCAGCAAGAGGCCUGGUGUUGAGCCUACCAUAUCAGAAAUCAGCCAGGUUGCGUUUCCAGAUGCUGCAGGGAUGGGCAGUGGCAAGCAGCCCUCAUCAGCCCCAGGGGGGCCAGAGAAAGGACCAGAACCCAGCGCAGCCUCAGAGGAAGGGCCUCGGGAGCUCAGGACCCAGGAGCAGAGGCAGCCGGCAGAACCGGGGAAGAAGCCGUCAACCCCGGCACCCCAGCAGGGGCCCGGAUUGCGGCAAGGAGGCCGUGAUCAGGCCAAGCCAGGAAGUGAGCUGGGGGUGCUGCCUUCCAGGGUCCCCGCGGCACAGGAAGGGCAGCAGCAACAGGGCUCAGGGAAGGAGACCGAGGACCAACAGGGGAGACAUCAGAACCCAGGGAUGGUGGAGGGUCAGGCCCCCGAGAGCCACCAGGACCCAGAGUGGCGGCCUCCCCCAGGUCACCAGGCAGCUAAUGGGGAAGACAGAGUACAGCCGGUGAAGGCUUCUUGCACCUCGGACAGCCGUGGGCAGCAACUGGGAGACAAGCCCGCCGAGGAGGUGGACACCCCACGUAUCAGGCCACAGGGGGCUCUGCCAGAGCCUGGCCCAGGGGGACAUGAGGACAGUUCUCAGGGGGCAGGGCCCCGAAUGCCCCCGGCAACUCUGGAGGAAAAGACGGCCAACUCCUUCCCACCAUCCACGCCAGGACCUGACCCCCCAAAAGGAGGGGUCGAGGGGGUGGAGACCCAGCCAACACCAGGGCCUGUUCCUCCACCAGGGAUGAGAGACACUGGAGAGAGGAGGGACCUGGAUCCCGUGCAGAGGCAGCCUCAGGCGCCCACGCUGGCCGCAGGGGCCCAGAACCUCAGGAACCUUCGGCAAGGCUUCAUGAAGUGCUUGCUGGAGGUGGAAGACGUGGAGGCCACACAUCGGAGGGCGACGGCCAAGGCCCGGGCCCUGCCAAACCGGAAGUCCCCCAGGACCCUGACCCCUGUGCCCACCUCAGCCCCCAGCCUGCUUCUGACCCUGCCUCAGACCCUCGCGCCGGCCCCUGUGAUGGCCCCAUCCUGGGCCCGGUUGCCAGCCCCCGGGUCAAUCCCCGCCCCUGGGGGCACCCCGGUCCCAGGGCCCGUGGUGGCCCUGCCGCCCCCCACCCUGGACGCGGGCUGGAGAAGGACAGAACUCCUGCACCCGAGCGGAGACAGGAGCCUGAGCAGCUCCAAGGCACGGCAGGAGCUGGAGGAGCGCGGCCUCCUCAAGCUGUCUCAGACCCGGGAGGAGAGGUCGGAGGAGACCCUCACCCUGAAGCAGGAGGAAGCCUUCCGCAGCUACUUUGAGGUCUUCAAUGGCCAUGGCGAGGUGGACGCCCAGAGCCUGGAGAACAUCCUGUUGCUCGUGGGCAUCUCCCUGACACCGGCCCAGGUAGAAGACGCCCUGAUGAGUGCUGAUGUCGAUGGAGAUGGUCGUGUAGGCUUCAAGGACUUCUUGGCUGUGAUGACAGACAGCGGGCGUUUCUUCUCCUCCGUGGAACAGAGCGCCCUGACGGACACGGCUCCCCCCAACCCCCACACUCUGCUCUUUGAGAUCCUGUCCCUGAUGGUGGAAAUGCUGGCCCUACCCGAGGCAGCCUUAGAGGAGAUCACCGACUAUUACCAGAAGAAGCUGAAGGAAGGCACCUGUAAGGCCCGAGAGAUGGAGUCGGCCAUAGGCCGGCUGCGGUCCCGGAAGAAGCUUCCCUGCAACCCCCAGCAAGCAGACACCUUGGAAGUCCCGGAACGAAGGGUCCUCAGGAUCCUGAGCCGGCUGAAGCAGCAGAACUACGCUGCCAAUCUGCAGAGCCCCUACGCCCAGGUGCCCUGUAUCCCGCUCUAUCCACGGCUGGACAAGAAGAUGGCCCGACGGAAGCAGGGCAGCCACUACAUGCUAGAUCAGUGUACCCCCACCAGCCUGGGCCCCGACAUCCGUAGCCUUUUCUUCCAGUCAGGAUCUCAAGGAAGCAGGUGGGUGUCCAGAAGGCAGGGGCUCCAGCCCAGGCCCAUCCACCUCCUUCUUUAUGAGGCGCUGGCCUAACCCGAGGGGAAUCCAGCCUUCCAAGAGAGGAUACCUGGGACACUGCUGCUCUAGGGAGGGAAAGGGGGAAAGGACGGAAGCAGUAAGAAACGAACCUUUGUUGAACACUGGGUGCCACGGCGAUCGUGCCUAAGUCACAGCACUUACGCCUUCCUGUGCCCAGACUCAGCGGCACAUGCUGUCCUUCUCUUAGGCUGGCACCGCCUGCCUUUCCCACACAGGGGGUUUAGCUCUCAAGUCCUUUGCCUGCGUCUGACUCCCGUGUUAGGAGCAGUAGGCAACAGGGACUGCUGGGUGGAGGGAAGCUUCCCCCACCAGUCCCCUUCCAGGCACUCUGGGGGUAAGAGAAGUCUGGACUUGCAAUCAGGCCCCCGAGCCUGACUGCUUGGCUCCAUCACUUCCCAGGGAAGGCCUCCUCUCCCCUGGGACACGUGGGGAUGGCUCGUUUCCUCCCACCCUUCUCGCCUCUCUCCCUAGGGAACACAACUCAGAGAGCCGAAAGUGGCUCAGCUCUGUGCCGGCUCGAACCCACUGACCUGCGGAGUCUACUCGGGGCAGCUGCUGUUCCAGGCCUGCAGAUGGACAGGUCGUCAGGCAGGUACUGCUGCUGAGUUUUGCUUUUGUGGCCUGGUAAGCCAAUAAACACCGAGAACCUCG